AUCGCGCCGAGCCAGCGCUCUCCCUCUCUUGGUCCCAGUACUUCCUGGGAAAUGGAGUCCAAAUUUUCGCAAAACGUGACGCUCCAGUUAUCCUUGAGACUCCAUUCCCCAGCAAGCUCAGCGUGUAGUGUGCGUUAUGGAGCCGCGAGUUGCAGAACUGAAGCAGAAGAUUGAGGACACGCUGUGUCCUUUUGGCUUCGAGGUGUACCCCUUCCAGGUGGCAUGGUACAAUGAACUCCUGCCUCCAGCUUUUCACCUGUCCCUACCAGGACCUACCCUGGCAUUUCUGAUACUUAGCACACCUGCCAUGUUUGACCAGGCUCUCAAGCCCUUCUUGCAGAGCUGCCACCUUAAACCGCUGACUGACCCUGUGGACCAAUGUGUGGCCUACCAUCUAAGCCGUGUUAAAGAGAGCCUCCCAGAGCUGCAGAUUGAAGUCAUUGCUGACUAUGAGGUGCACCCCAACCGACGCCCAAAAAUUCUUGCCCAGACAGCAGCCCACGUGGCAGGGGCUGCUUACUACUACCAACGGCAAGAUGUGGAAGCUGACCCCUGGGGGACCAAGCACAUAUCAGGAGUUUGUGUACAUCCUCGAUUUGGGGGCUGGUUUGCCAUCCGAGGAGUAGUGCUGCUGCCUGGGAUAGAGGUGCCAGAUUUGCUGCCCAGAAAACCUCAUGACUGUGUGCCUACAAGAGCUGAUCGCAUAGCUCUUCUUGAAGGCUUUAAUUUCCAUUGGCGUGACUGGACUUACCGGGAUGCAGUGACACCCCAAGAGCGCUACUCAGAAGAGCAGAAGGCCUACUUUUCCACUCCACCUUCCCAACGAUUGGCCCUAUUGGGCUUGACCCAGGCCUCAGAGGAACCUAGCUCUCCAUCCCCUGACAUUCCCUUUAUCACACUCACCAAGAAGUCUCAGAAUCCCAGCAGAGCCACCCGAAGCUGGCUUAGCCCUAGAGUAUCACCACCUUCAUCCCCUGGCCCUUGAUACCUUCCUUCUCUGUGGGACCCCUAUUAAUGGUGGUACUUAGUAGAACUUAAUUGGUUUUGGCAAAGCAAAAGAGAUUUG